CUGUACUAUUUCCCCCGCAGGCCACCACUCCCUCAGCUGCUGUUUUUUUUUUUUCACUCCCAACCCUUUGCCUACCUCCUCCCCUCCCAUUCCACCCCUUCCGCUUUUACACGACAGAUUUUUAGUUUUUCAUGAGACCUGAGACCGCUGAUCUACUUCGAGGACGCAGCUGCGUUGGCUAUUGAGGACUCUUAUUCGGGGGUUCUUCAGGCAGGUGAAGGGAGCGGGAUGUGGCCACCCACACUGAUUCUGGAUCUGCUCUUGUUGGUCAGCUGGUCCUGCUUCGCUUGUUGUGAACAAUGGUCUUACAGACCUCAGAACUGCACGCUUGAAUGCAUCCGCCAGGGAGAUCCGAGAUGUGAAUACUGCAGAAUCUCAGCAGACGAUGUACAGAUAUUUCCCAGCAUUCCUUCCUCCAGCCCUUUUGGAAGUUGUGUGCCUUGGCCUUGUCACUCUUUUCUAGGUCAGGAAACCCCAGAGGUUUGCCAGCAUUAUGUUCACGCACCACGCAAUAUUCAGAUUGAGUUUAAAGCCAGUGAAGAACCAACAUAUGAGGCUAUUACUGUGUCAUGGAACCCAAGCCAAUACGGUAUUGAGUUCUUACGUGGAUUUCAAGUAACCCUUCAGGCUCUUGGUGGAUCUCAGAUCUCAUGUCAACUCUUUCUCCUGGGUACCAAUCUAUCGCUCGCACCUGCGCAUGCCCAGAGAGUGUAUCGCUCCGAUCCUUUCACGCAUCUGUCUUUGGAUAGCGAGUAUGCCGUGACUGUCAUGGCACUGCCCGUUCCUGAGCGGUGGGACCAGUUCUAUCAGAGGAAAAAGUUUUUUACGCGCAGUAAGCUAAAAAACAAACCCUCAUGUCCUGAAAAAAAUGGUCUUGAGGAGUGUAAAAAAGACUGGUAUCCCAGAUACGUUGAGGUCCACCAGGAGAACCUGGAUGUUUACGUGACCUUUAACCUUGCACCCGAGAGCUUCGAAGUCCGUCAGUAUUUUUCAUCAUGUUUCGGAGGCGGAAAGCGAAAUAACACAAGCGUCAAACCGGAUUUCAUUCUUAAUAAGACGCAUCACACAUACCAGUUGCAGAAUAUCCAAGCGGGUACGAAUUACAGCUGCGAGAUUUCCGCUGAUGUUGUGGACGCAGUCAGGAAAACAUUUGUUGUUGUAGUAAAACAUACUUUUGAAGAGAGGCCGACGUCAAACUUACCAGAGGGCUCUUCACUAAUGGUGCUCUUGUGCGUGGGAAUCCUGCUUGCUGCCACAGCACUGCUCACCUUCAUUGUUGUCUACAAGAAAAGACUCAAAAAGGAAAUGACCAAACUGAAACCAGAGAUCAUUGAACAGUACUGUGACAAAAAUCUGGAUGAAGGACAUUGUGUUUUGCUGGACAGAACGAUCCGCCCCCCUCGCCUCCUGAUUUGCUACUCAAGUUAUGAUGGUCCCGCCCAUGUCAGAGUUGUGCUGCAAUUGGCUGCGUUUUUGCAAAAGCACAUGGGAACCCAAGUGCAUUUGGACUUGUGGGAAGCCUUGAGCAUCAUGGAGGAGGGCAAUAUGGGGUGGCACUGCAGGAGAUUGACGGAGUGUGACUUUGUGUUGGUCAUUUGUUCACAAGGACUCCUUCAGAAGCAGAAUAAGCAGUCUGAGGACGAGGAACUAAUGGAGAACACCGCUUUGGUGAUGGUUUCCAUGAUCGGAGAGGAGAUGUGCCGUGCCAAAGCGAUGGGUCGAGACCUCUGCAAAUACAUGGUGGCCACUUUUGAGUACUCACAAGAGUCUGAUAUCCCCACGGCACUUGGUCUCGCUUCAAGAUACACCUUGACUAAAGACCUGCCCUUGCUCUUCUCCCAUCUUCACGGAGUGGCUUUGCAGAAGCCCGGAGUUUACCUACAGGUGGAGAAUAUUUCAGAAAGUGGGUACUGUAAACUCCCAGCCGGGGCCGCGCUACAGCUGGCCAUCCAGCAGGCCACGGCACAGUUCUCUGAAGAGCCGAAUGAAGAGGAACGUGUAGGAAUUCCGAUCAUUUCAUAAGGACUGCAUCAAAAAACUGCGUCAAUUAAUGGACUCCCUUCAUCAUUCCAACAAAACAAAGAAAUGAGUGUUAUUUGAGAUUAGUCCCUUUACUGACAGAUUCCACCCGGACUUCUUUUACAGCCACUAGUAGGUCUUAACUAUCUUUUGAAUGCCAGACUAUAAAAUCGCACAAUGUUUUUUUUUUAUUUUAUUUUAUUUUUUUUAUGUAAAAGCCCAUUUUUGUUUAGCAUCUUGGGAGGUUAUUGUGAAAAAAGGAAAAGAGGGAUGUUGAAGUAUAUUGAGGUCGUCGAAUGCUGUGAAUGAUUUUUUUUUCUCCAUAUAAAUGUGUAUUUAUUUUGUCUUAUUUUUGUUCUGUUGCUUAUGUACAAUGAAUAUUUAUAGUGAUUGCAUGCACUUCCACUACAAAUUGUUGCAGUCUUAAUUGUUGUACCUCUAAACAGUGCAUGAAAUUUCCUCUACAAUUAAAACAUACCCAUGUCGCAGUGAGUUUGCAGGGCGGUAAAAUAGGUGUAUGAGCUAAUGCAUUAAUCAUUACAUAAAAUGUUUACGAAACUGUACGAAUGCAUGACGUUUUACAAAUAAACUUUCAUCACUUUUGUAAAAAAAAA